AUGUCCACAGUGCCUACAACCUAUGGAUUCAUUGGCCUCGGCCAAAUGGGGCAUGGCAUGGCCAAAAACCUUCGUUUGAAGAUUUCCAGCUCGAACAAGCUGUUUAUCUACGAUAUUGAUCCCGCGGCUGUUCAGCGGUUUGUGUCUGAGUUUGGAGAUGGUGGGAAUGUCGUUGCGACUUCUUCUCCUAAGGAGGUUGCGGAGUAUAGUGUACUCUCCCCUUCCAUUUUAUUCUCAUCUGUUUAUCUUUCUGACGUUAUCUUGACCUCCCUACCUCGUGCACCACACGUCGAUCAGGUAUUCAAUAACCCGACCACCGGCCUGUUAGCUGCACCGAAGACAGGAAAAACACUAUUCUUAGAACUCAGCACCAUCGACGCGAAAGUCUCCGGUGACAUCGGUCACAGGGUCAUAGAGGAAGGGUAUGGACAGUUUGUAGAUGCCCCUUGUUCAGGCGGUUCAAUGGGCGCCGAGAAGGGCGUACUCUCAUUCAUGGUCGGUUGCGAUGCAGAGUUAUACCCCCGGGUAUUCGAAAUCCUUCGACAAAUGGGCAAAGAAGACGGGAUAUUCCACUGCGGCGCCUCCGGCACAGGACUGAAGACGAAACUUCUCAACAACUAUCUAUCAUCGAUCACGACGAUCGCAACAGCCGAGACGAUCAAUAUCGGGAUUCGUGGCGGCCUAGACGCGAAGAAACUGAAUGACGUUCUGAACGCCAGCUCGGGCAUGAAUUUCAACUCUAAGGUGAAUAAUCCCGUGCCGGGAUUGACGCCGGGCAGUCCUGCGAGUAAUGGGUAUAUACCCGGUUUCUCGAUUGAGUUGUGCCUGGGGGUUUUGGAAUUGGCUGUCAAGUCGGCGAAUGAGCUGGGGGCGAAGAUGGUGCUUGGGCCACCUAUGUUGGAUGCUUAUAGGGCUGCGGCGAGGGAGGAACGGUUUCAUGGGAAGGAUGCUAAAGUUAUUUAUAGAUGGAUUGAAGGGGAUGGUUUUUGA